CUCCAAACCAAUACCAUUAAAAAAAACUUUUACUCUUCUAGCUUUCAACCUUUUUGUUCUUCAAACCCCAUAGCCAUGGCUACUGUUGCUGAAAUGCCCCUUGUUUCCGACCCCGUUCCCACGAAGAAAGGGAAGUCGAGAAAAGCGUUGAAGCAGAAAAAACCGUCAUCAAACGAAGCCAAUAUAUUGGCUGGAAGUGUAAUUCAGUCGCCUUUUAAAGAGAAUCUUGAACCACAAUCCCAGAAGAAAUCGAACAAGACGAAAGGGGCAUCAAAGGCGAAGCAACAACAACAAACGGAACAGAGUUGUUUCGAGAAAGAGUUGCUGGAAAUGCAAGAAAAGCUUCAAAAGAUGACACUUGAGAAGGAGCAGACUGAAGAAAUGUUGAAGCAGAAGGAAGAAGAGCUCGAUGCCCGAGGUAAAGAGCAUGAGAAGCUUCAGAUUGAACUCAAGAAGUUGCAGAAAAUGAAAGAGUUCAAACCAACCCUGAACUUCCCUAUGGUGGUACCUCUGAUGGACAAAGAGGAAAAGAAAGAGAAGAAAAGGGUGGAUCCUUCGAAGAAAAGGCCAGUACCGCCGUAUCUAUUGUGGUGCAAAGACCAUUGGGAUGAGGUGAAAAAAGCUAAUCCAAAUGCUGAGUUUAAGGAGAUGGGAAAUUUACUGGGAGCAAAGUGGAAAACAGUAAGUGCAGACGAGAAAAAGCCUUAUGAGGAAAAAUACCAAGCUGAGAAAGAAUCUUACUUGAAGAUUGUUGGAAUGGAAAAGCGCGAAAAUGAAGCUAUAAGGUUAUUGGAUGAAGAGCAGAAACAAAAGACAGCUAUGGAGUUACUUGAACAAUAUAUUCAAUUCCAACAAGGAGCAAUAGUGAAUGAAAACAAGAAGAAAAAGAAAGAAAAGGACCCCUUGAAACCAAAGCAACCUUUAUCAGCAUUUUUCCUGUUUACAAAUGAGCGUCGAGCUGCUUUACUUGCUGAGAACAAGAAUGUGAAGGAGGUGGCAAAGAUUACAGGUGAAGAGUGGAGGAACAUGACAGACACACAAAAAGCUCCCUAUGAAGAGAUGGCAAUGAAGAGAAAAGAGCAAUAUCUGCAAGAAAUGGAAGUUUAUAAGAAGAUGAAAGACGAAGAAGCUGCUGAACAUUUUAAGGAAGAGGAGGAGCUGAUGAAACUCAAGAAGCAAGAAGCACUUCAAUUGCUUAAAAAGAAAGAAAAGACAGAAAAUUUAAUCAAGAAAACGAAAGAAAAUCGCCAAAAGAAGAAACAAAAGGAAGACAAUGUGGAUCCUAACAAACCAAAGAAGCCUGCUUCAUCAUUCUUCCGUUUCAGCAGAGAGGAGAGAAAGAAACUAGUCGAAGAGCGUCCUGGAAUAAACAAUUCCACCAUUAAUGCUCUCAUUUCACUGAAAUGGAAGGAAUUGAGUGAAGAAGAAAAGCAAGUUUGGAACAAGGAGGCAGCUGAAGCAAUGGAAGCCUACAAAAAGGAAAUGGAAGAAUACAACAAAAAUGUUGCUGAAAAGCAGAACAGCAAUGAGAAACAAUGAGAAAUAAUAGCUAUUAUCAGAGAUCUGAAUUUUUAGAAGUUCAACUGGUUAUGUUGAACCUAGAAUGACUGCUACUUAGAGUUGAAAAUUGAAAUAUAGUCAUUAGGUGUCAUUUCAGUUUCCUUCUUGUUAGUUAAGUACUCUUUCCUAAUGUCCUUUUCAUUUGACUUCUAAUGGAUGACUUCGGAUUUAGCCA